AUGGUGAUAGAUGGUCCAGAAAAGUGGCACGAGAUGUUGGGGAAUACGUUGUGGGCAUACAGGACUUCCAAAAGAGUGGGGACAGGCACAACUCCUUAUGCCUUGACGUUCGGACAAGAUGCAGUGCUCCCCAUGGAGAUCAACGUUAGUUCCGUAAGAAUUCAAAACCAAUUUGGGUUACAUGGUGCAGAAUAUAUCGAAGCCAUGUGUCAAGGUAUUGAAGACUUGGAUGCAGCCCGAAAUGAAGCCUCGAACCAGAUUCAAGAAGGAAAGAUAGUUGUUGCCCGAGCUUAUAACAAGAAGGUGAAGGUAAAGUCUUUCAAAGAAGGAGAUUUAGUAUGGAAAACAGUCCUCCCGCUGGGAGCUCAGCUUCGGGGUUUUGGAAAGUGGAGCCCGACAUGGGAAGCUGGUUUCCCGAUGUCUUCAUGGAUGGGACCCAAUCGGGUGAUCGGGUUGUGCGGCCAACAUGGGCCUCGUAGAGGAUCCUCCGACGGGGCUGUCACCAUAUGUGAUGGUGAAGCCCAACUUAUCGCCGCAAGUUGCGGGAAGACAAGCCAUCAAGAGGAAGCCGCCUGA